GUACAGCCGGACAAUAUCGAAGUAAGAAAAGACUUGAAGUUUGUUGUGGGACCGUUUAAGGUUCUAGCACGUGAUGAAAAAGUGUUGAGAAACAGGACUAUUCCCAUGAUCAAGGUACAAUGGGAAGGAUUGACUCCUGAGGACGCCACUUGGGAGCGGGAGAAUGAAAUUCUCCAGCGAUAUCCUGAGUUUGAUGUCAGGUGUGCCUAGGGAUUGAGAAGGAUCGGAAAUCUCUUGAAGCGAUAAAAGUAACUUGUUCCACAAGUAAGCGUAUUGGUAAAGCUUCAAGAGAUGCUUAACUUGUCAAAAUGUCAGAACAUCAGUCAUAUUGGCUUAACUUCUCUAACAAAUGGUGCUCAGAACUUAGAAAAGCUUAUCCUAUCAGAUAGCCUAGCUGUCACUGCUGAUCUUGCAAAAUGUCUGCAUAGUUUUUCUAGGCUGCAAUUGGUUAAACUAGAUGGUUGUGUGGGUACAAGUUCAGGGUUAAAAGCCAUUGGAAAUUCAUGUGCCUCACUCAAAGAUCUGAACUUAAGUAAAUGUCUUGCGGUCACUGAUGAGAGUCUCUCCUUCCUUGUGCAAACACACAAAGUGCUAGAGAAGUUAAACAUAACAUGCUGUCAUAAGCUAACACAUGCAUCCAUGUACAGCUUAACAAAUUCAUGUUCCAGGCUCACUUCCCUUAGAAUGGAGUCUUGCAGUUUGGUCAGCAGAGAUGCUUUUUUGUUUAUUGGAUGCUGUCAAUUUUUGGAAGAAUUAGAUGUCACUGAUAAUGAAAUUGAUGAUGAAGGGCUUGGAUCAAUCUCAAGAUGUACCAAACUUUCUAGUCUAAAGUUGGGCAUAUGUUUGAAGAUAACUGAUAAUGGACUUAAGCAUAUUGCAAGCAGUUGUUCAGAGCUCAAACACCUUGAUCUCUACAGGAGCUCAAGAAUAAGUGCUGAGGGCAUUGCUGAAAUUGCUCUUGGCUGUCCUUCACUUGAGGUUAUUAAUAUUGCUUAUAACAGUAAUGUAACAGAUACUUCAUUAGUGUCUCUCUCAAAAUGCCUGAAGCUAAGAACACUAGAAAUUCGAGGAUGCCCACACAUUUCAUCAGCAGGUCUUUCAAAUAUUGCUGUCAAGUGUAGGCAUCUUGAGACUCUGGAUAUCAAGAAGUGUUAUAAAAUUAAUGACACCGGAAUGAUUCAGUUGGCUCAAUAUUCUCAGAACCUUAAACAGGUGAAGUUGUCAUGUUGCUCAGUAACAGAUAUGGGACUCAUUGGUCUUGCCAGCAUAAGCUGCUUACAGCACAUAUCCAUCUUUGACUUGGAGUAUUUAACUUCAAAUGGCCUAGCAUCUGUCCUUUUGGCUUGUCAAAGUUUGACCAAAGUGAAGCUAAACACAUCCUUUAAGUCAUUACUACCUCAACAUAUUCUUCAAUACAUUGAAGAUCGAGGUUGUGUGCUUGUUUGGAAGGAAAAAAGCGUUUGAAACUUUUAGGUGGGAGUAGAUCCAAAAGGAUGGAAGCUACAUACUGGAAGGAGUUUACAAGCUUCAUAAGUAGAAAUUAAUUAGGCUUACUAGUAUGCAGAGACCUAGAGUGAGAGGUCACGGAUUCGAAUUCAAGUCUCAUUGUAAAAAUUGAUAAGGUUGCGCACAAAAAUUUCCUAAAUUCCUAUCCUCAGAAGACAGGAUUUGAUGGGAAGAGGAUUUUAGUUUAUAGAGAUGGCUGAAAAAGAAUUCAUCAAGAAGGUUUAAAUGUUUAAUAUUAACUUGUACAUUUUGGUCAGGAAUUGAACAUCAGAAGAUUUUUGGCCCUUUUGAAUAAACAACCAAGAGAGAUAAAGUAUGUGGCUGCUAGGCUUGUCUUUGUCCCAACAUUGGAGGAAGGAAUGGAACAAAAAGGACAAUAGCUCAGUCAAAGAUUUGCAUUGUUAGCUUUUCAAAAAAAUUAAUGGUCAAAAUGUAUAUAACAGACCUCACUUGUCCUAAAUUGUAGUAUUUUGACCUGUUCAAUACAA